CCCCUCCUCAACAAAGUACGACUGACUCCUCCUCUCUAAAUUAGGGUUCCCCCAAUUCUUGCUGCUCCCCGUAAAUCAUAUGGUUGUUAUUUGCUAUUUCUCUUCCAAGAUUCAAGUUGAAGAUCAAAUAUAAAAUCCUAUCUUUGUUCAAGCCUAUGAUGUGGAUUUGCUGUCUUAUAUAGACAUUUGUUCAGAAUACGUUGAAAAAUGUGGGUUUAAGAAGGUGGAGCAACUUCUGAUAACAGGGCCUUCGAGUAGAUACUUUCUAGUUGAAGGUGAUUCAGGAAUCAGAACACUACAACAACUCUUUUCUGACAAGUUUAGUGUGCUUCAAUUCUUUGCUAUUGAUGAGGGUGAAGAACAUGUGCCAGCUCCUAGCAUAAGUCACCAUAAUAAACCUUAUAGUGUCACAGUAGAUGUUGGCACCGAUUGUGAGUCAAGUGAGGAAGAGGAAGCAUAUGAACUUGACUCUAGUGAUUAUGAUAGUAAUCAAUUGGAUCUCUUUAGUAAGGAAAGGACUAAAGAAGUUAAUGACAAACUCGACAACUAUAAAGAGUUGAAAGAGGGUAUGAGUUUUAAAGAUUUGGAUGAAGCUAAAAGAAUUGUGGGGUUUUAUGCAAUUGCUAAUAAAAAGGGCCUUAAAGUUUUUAAGAGUGACACCAGCAGAGUUAGUUAUAAAUGUGAUGUUGGUUGUCCUUUUAGGUGCUUGAUAUCUAAGGAAAAUAAAGAUCAAGGAUUUAAAAUUAAGAUUUUGAAAACAAGACACAAUUGUCAGCCAGCAUACAAGAAUAGAAGAGCUACUCCUCAAGCUUUAGCGCACUAUUUCAAGAACAAAGUCCAAAAUAAUCCUAAAUAUAAAGUGAAAGACAUGAGGGUGGACCUAGAGGAUCAAUUCAAUAUGAAUGUUAACUAUUCAAAGAUGAAGAGGGUAAAGAGGCUUGUGCUAGAGAAAUUGGAGGGUAGCUUCAUUGAUGAUUACAAUAGGUUAGAGGCAUAUGCUCAAGAGUUGAGGGAUAGUAACCCUGGUUCUGAUGUGGUGAUAAACAUAUCUAAAGAUGCUUUGGCAGAAGGAAAAAGAAGGUUCCUUAGAAUGUAUAUUUGCUUCCAAGCUUUGAAAACAGGCUGGAAAGCAGGUUUGAGACCUCUUAUAGGCCUAGAUGGCACAUUUCUAAAAGGGAAGUGAGGGAAUUCUACUGGUGGCCAUGGCACAAGAUUCAGUGAAAUAUUUUUAUCCUCUUGCAUGGGCAGUAGUUGAUAAAGAAACUGGUAGAACCUGGAAGUGGUUUAUGGAGUUACUGAGAAAUUCCUUGGAGCUUGAAGAUGGUGAAGGAGUGACAUUUAUGUCAGAUAUGCAAAAGGGGCUUUUGGAGGCUGUUUCUACUGUCCUUCCAAAAGCAAACCACAGAUGGUGUGCUAGGCACAUUGAAGCUAAUUGGAGCAAAAAUUGGAGGGGUAUAGAGAUGAAAAAGUUAAUAUGGUGGUGUGCUUGGAGUACCUAUGAAGAAGAGUUCAAGGAUCAACUGAAGACUCUGGGUGCUGUUCAUGAAGAUGCUGCUAGGGAACUAAUACACUACCCUCCUCAAUAUUGGUGUAGGGCUUAUUUUGAUACUAAAUGCAAGAAUCAUAUGGUUGAUAAUAACUUUACAGAAUCAUUCAAUAAAUGGAUUCUUGAAGCUAGAAAUAAACCUAUAAUUAAGAUGUUAGAAGACAUUAGAUUAAAGGUAAUGAAUUUGUUGAAUAACCGUGAGGAGGAAUGUAGGAAUUGGAAGGAAGAAAUUAGCCCAUAUGCCAUAGAGCUUUACAAUGAUUACAGAGUGAUUGCAAUAGAGUGCAAAGUUGUCUUUAAUGGAGAUUACGGAUAUGAAGUGGUUGAGGGUAAAGAUAAGUAUAUAGUGAACCUUGAAUUAAAGAAGUGUACUUGCAGGGCCUGGAAUUUGACAGGAAUACCAUGUCCUCAUGCCAUCAAAGCUUUAAUGCACGACAAACAAGAUCCAUUAAGCGAGGUGCAUUGGUGGUAUUCAAAGGAAGCUUAUAUGUUGGCAUAUAUGCACAAGUUACAACCUGUGAAAGGUGAGAAAUUUUGGAAAAUUGAGCCAGAACAUGCAAUGGAGCCACCAUAAGUACAUAAAACGGUGGGUAGACCAAAGGUAAAGAGAAAAAGAGAAAAGGAUGAGGCCAGGAAGAGGGAGGGGGUCUGGUCAGCUUCAAGAAAGGGACUUAUAAUGACAUGUGGGUUCUGUGGUACAACAGGUCACAACAGAAGAAAAUGCCCUUUGGCUAAUGGUGAAGGAACUUCCCAAACAGUACAAGAUGUGCCCUUGACGGCACCCCAAGACAGUCAAAAUUCAGAAUUUGCCUUCAUGCCGCCUCCGGGUGUGAAAAUGACCUCUCCUGAACAUUCCAGUCAAUUUGCUGGACUUCAAAAUACAGUUCAACAAUCUGUUGCACCUUCAAUACUAGCUGAUGAUGAAUAUGAAGGUGGAUAUUAAGAUGAAGACGAAGAACCAGAUGUGAUGCCUAAGGUGAUAUUUGAAGCUAUGACUAGGCUUCAACAAAGAAAGUUGCAUCAAGAACCUAUUGGUACCAGGAAGAUUGCCUUCAAAGGAGAUAUAGAUGGUGUCAAUGUGCCUAUUGAUCUGCCUUAUUCACCAAAGAAGCUCACAUGGAAAGGAAAAUCGGCUAUGUCCUCAAGCCAGUUGGUAGCAGAAAAGGAAAAAAAAUUGGAAAACCGAAGACUAAAAAGGCCAAGUAUUAAGUAGUAUGUUCAGUUUAAUGACUUUUGUAUAAACUUUUGUGUAAUGACUGUGAAUCAGUUGAUUCGAUUGUUGAUUCAGACUUAGUGUGAGUUUCAUGACUCUAUUUUAAACGUACUGUUGCAGCAAAGUUGCUUUAAGAAAUGCUCUCCAGUUUCAGUUAAUUUUGUUU